CUACAAAGUUACAAAAACCUUGAACUUUGCUUCAUCCAUCAUGGCAGCCACUAACAAGGUGUUUGCAAGGUUGCCUGGUGAAUAUUCAUUCAUUUUUUAAAAAUCUUAUUUAUUUUUUAAAACAUUUAUUAUAUUAACAAAGAAAUUGAUAAGAAUGCAUAACUACCCGACGAGUGCAGUUUUAGAUUCGGACGAAUUGGAUCUGUUGGGUAGCUGUAGACUUUUCCACCCUACAGACUCAGUCGAUUUUCUCCAACUAUUGCUGAUACUGUGUUUACACUAUACUGUUGUUCUACUACUCAGUAGUGUUGUUUACUCUUGAAUUGGGGCUGCUGCGUGUUUUUAAUACUUUGAAUUUACAUAUUGACUUAACAUAUUAAGCCUUUCAAUUGGAGUGCCUCAAAUUAUUUCAAAAGUGAAAUAUGCCCAGGAGAAGGAGAAGACAAUGCAAUGUAUCAGUGAUCAGCUAGGCUGCUAACCCCAAACUCCUAACCAAACCAAUAAAGUAACUAACAGUAGUCAGUAGUCUGUAUUAACCCUACUAACUUAAAUAGCCAACAGUAUUUGAUGUGUUUUUAUUUACAGCUGUAUGUAUUUUAUCACAAAUUUGUGGGAUACAUGCUUCUCAAAUUAGUCCAUUUAUUAAUAAUGUUUAAAAAAUGGAAGUCCAAAGUUCAUGGCAUAGAACUAAAUGUUACAUGGUGUGCAGUGUUAUCUUUAAACUAAAGCCUAAGUUAGGAAAGACUUUGGCCUGGAUUGCUGUUAGAACCAGUUUAAAAUAAAUGUUAGAUUAUUGAUAUUGAAUUAUAUUAUUGGAAUGGCUAAAUUCUAAAUCCUAGAUAUUCUAAUUUUUUUCUACCAGCCUUGCUAGCCACUAGCAAAUGUAAAUAAUUGUUAAUUAGCCUAUAUUAACACCUGAUAGUGAUAGAGUAGACUAUAAAUGCUCUGUAGGCCUGCUAAAAGAUUUCUUCUAUAUAUUAUACAUAUUUCAAAUACCUUACAGUUAGAUUCCAAAGUGCAGGCCUGUUAGGACAUGACAUUGCUUUAUUUUUUUUACUGCACUUUUAUCAUGGUUUUUCUAGUUUUUUUGUAUAGACCCAACCCUUUUUUCAAUAUUAAGCUUUAUUAUCCAUUCAUUAUAAAGUAUAUAUUAAUUGAACCUACUUUUUUGAAGAAAUCCCAACAUGUAAGAAGUGGACACUUAGACUUAGAUGGUUAAACUAUUGAAACAAAAUCGAGGUAGAAUCUAUUGAAAUUGACACAGAAGAUCAUGUUAAUGAUACUAUGGUUAUAGUUUACUCUGAAACAGGCUAUAAAAUUAGUAUAUUAAGCCUUUAAAUUAUUUCAAAAGUAAAAUGUGCCCAGCGGUGGGAGAAGAUAAUUUAUCAGUUAGGCUGCUACCCCUUAACCAAUAAAAUAACUACUAACUUAAAAUAGUUCCUUACAAGUUUAUUCUCUGUAGCAGCACUAAAUGCAGUUAUGGUUAAAUUGGCAUUGUCAUCAUUUCAUAAUAAAGUUGGGAUAAAAGGUAACAGCACUAAUUCAGUCCAUGAUAUUUCUUGAGGGAGAGGGGGUGGGAUUAAGGGCUUACAACUGUAACCAUAAAAAAUAAGCUUGUAAGUAAGUUCAUGUUCUACUAGAAAUGUUUUGGAUUUUUUGAAUUAAUAAUUUGACUGUUACCUAUUUUAAAAUUUUGAUGAAACACUAGGAACUGAGUCAUCAGGAUAUUUGGUUAACAGAGAAAUAUAUCAUUGCAGUUUUUAAAAGUUAUUAGGAUUAGAUUGUUUGAGAAGUUAUUUUCUUUUAUUUACAGCCCUGUCUCGAACAUUUGCUCGCAAUGUUUACACUGCGACCAGACCAAACUUAAUGAUAGAUGAAAAUACAAAAGUAAUUUGUCAAGGUUUUACUGGAAAACAGGUAAAUUAAAUUUGAUUCAUUUUACCACUUGUUGGAUGCAUUUUUAUACCCCCUGUAUAGUCUAGGAUGGGAAUAAUUUAUCUGAAGCUAAUUUUAAAAGUGACUGUACAAUAUCAACUCAUGGAAAUGAGUCCAAUGCUAGUUGCCCAAGCGAUUGGUUAAGAGAGCAAAAAUAAUAAAGGCGAGGUUUAUAUAUGGUGUGUGACCACAUGAAGCUAUUUAUAGAUUGCAGUACAGUGUUGGUAGUUCUCGUGUUGAUUGUUUGAUGAGACUUCAUGUUAGAGAGUGUGGUUGAUUCUCACAGAGCUCUUAUCGUAAGUCGUCAGAGAAUUCAGUGUUCAUCAGGUUUCCUUUAGUGUAGUGUUUGGAGACAUUAAUAGAUUACUUGAUAUUGUGAAAUUUUAAUAUCUGCCUUCCUGUGAUGAAAGAAGAGUAUGGAUAAUUGGGAAGCUUGUUGGUGUUACUAUACUCAGUGCACCAAAGUGUGACUAGUAAGUUGUUUGAGUCAAAAUUCAAAAUCCUAACCUGGAAUUCACUAGUAUCAACUAAAAAAUGACAACGAACAUCGAACAAUGAAAUACGAGCAGAGAGAUAAAAUUUCCAAUACUUAUUUAACAUCUCUACUCUUACUCGCCAAAAUUCAAACAGUAGCUCUGUAAUUGUAAUUAAUAACCAAAAAUAAAUUUUAGUACAUAUAUUUCAUGUUCAAUACAUAUUAUGGGUGGUUGAUUAAUUGAUAUCAAUUAAUGAAGCGAGGCUGAUUAGUUAUUUGGAUAAUUUCCCUUUGGGUCUUCUUACCUAAAAAUAAUUUAGUCUUACACAAUCUUAUUGGCUUCCCUUACUUUGCUUUUUAAAUGAGUGUGUUUUUUUAAUUCUAUUUACAGCAUUCAGAAAUAUUUCUAAAAGAAUAAAUAUCACCUGUGAACUAAAAACUGUUUGAACCAUCCUUAAAAUUCUUUCUAUCAGGGUACAUUUCACAGCCAACAAGCCAUUGAAUAUGGAACAAAGUUUGUUGGUGGUGUUUCACCUGCCAAGGCCGGACAGACCCAUCUUGGCUUACCAGUUUUUGCAAAUGUCAAAGAGGUGAAGCUUUAAACUAUUUAAAAGUGUACUACUUGGUUAUUUUCCUUGACAUAAAUUUUAAAAUAAUUUUUUAAUUCUUAUUAUUCUAUUUAGAUGCAGAUUCUUUUAUCGAUCAAAACAAAUUUCCACUGUACAUAUUCCUUUCAGCAUUAAAAAAAACAACAAACAUUCUUAUGUUUUGUUAAUUUGAAUUUGUCUAGUACGUGUUGUUAAAUCUUUAAUUUUAUACACAUAUUAGUUUAAUAAAGUGUAAAUAUUCUCUUUUAUUGAGACUAAAUGACAAGAAUCUUUGAACUGGCAAUACAGCAAGAUAGCCAAAGUUUAAUUUAAUGUUUCUUGACUUUAUUUUAGGCUAAAGAUGCAACUGGGGCCACCGCUUCAGUUAUCUUUGUGCCCCCACCAUUUGCUGCUGCUGCUAUUAUUGAAGCAAUAGACGCAGAAGUUCCUUUAGUUGUGUGUAUAACUGAAGGUAUUCCCCAACAGGACAUGGUAAGGGUAAAGCAUAAACUUGUUCGUCAAGCUAAGACGCGGCUCAUCGGUCCCAACUGCCCAGGUAUUAUCAAGGUUGGUCAUUUUCAAUUAUAUUUUUUUAUAACUUAACUUUUAAACCAAAUGUUUUAGUAGUCCAGAUAUUAUACCUGGGGUCAGUCCACCUAUGUAUUGAGAGGCCCCAUUUUUGGCCAACUGCACUUAAGUUUGUGGGUGGAACAAAACAACCCUAGCUACUCCACAUAUUUAAAAUAGCUUAAAGUAUUGUACAUAUAAUUAUUUAUGGAAAAAGUUUUUCAUUGCUUUUUAAAUUCCCAUACAUAACCCUAGUUCAGGGGUACUCAAAGUCUAGGCAUGAGCCAAAUCUGACAGCAUCCUCAUGAGUUUUGUGCUCAGUACCGCUUCUGCAGAUAAUUUGUCAGACAGCAUCAUCUGUUUAAAAGUUUCUACUUUGUCAUGUGCAGAAUAAAGGAAACGUUUUUGGAUACUUAAUGACUUAAUGAAUUUCUCCAAACUGUAAUGUCAAAGAAGGUUGGGAGUUUGUGUUGGGAGUUUGUGGUCUUUUGCACAAAUCUGAACACGAUGGUUGCUGUUGCUGUUUUGGUGACAUUACUGGCUAACUCAAUUUGACAUGACAAGGUAAGAACAAGAGUGUCUUGGAGUUUCAAGGGAGAUGACAUUCUUUGAGACGAAAUUUGCAUUAUUUGCCAGAUGUUAAUUUCCUGACCAGAAGAAGGAAAAGAUGCAUUUUCAAGCUGAUUUAAAGAUUUUGCAGAACUGUCAAGAAUACUUAUUUUUGUUGCAGGCCCAUUUCUUGUGAUUGGACAGCUGCUGUCCCAAAUGUACCAAAAUAAACUUGGCUGUUUUUCAGCUUUCAACAGUUGUUGUCCAGGAAACUUUGAGACCAGGAUGUGCCCAUUUUCUGGUGCCAGUCUAUUACAGUAUCCAGCUGGCAGAUAAAGUCUUGAUAAUAUUUGGAUCAAAUUAUCCCUGUGAUACGGCAAUAUUUGGAUCAACUUAUACAACUUACUGUAACAGUUGUUUGUGGGGUUUACCUCAGAACCAAAUUCAGAGACUCCAAAAGAUACAAAAUUCUGCAGCACGCAUUGUAUCGCGGAUAAAGAAAUCUGAUCACAUCACCCCAGUUCUUAGGGGAUCUCCAUUGGCUUCCUGUAAGUGAACGCAUUGACUACAAAAUUGUGUCCCUGGCGUACAGCUGUAAAGAACGCUCUGCACCUGAAUAUCUUAAAGAACUGAUUAAUUAACAUGUAUCCUUAAAGAACCUGCGGUCUUCAACAUAGUCCUUACUGAGAGUUCCCAGUGUGGAUGGACACAGAAAAAAGUCAUACAGAGUUCGCUCUUUUGAAGCGAUAGCGCCAAAAUUAUGGAACAGUUUGCCCUAAUGCUUUCCCUUUAAGGGAAAUUGAAAUUGAUCAAAAAUAAUUAAAGAAACAUUUAAAGAUUUUAAAAAUUUCAAUAGCUUGAAGAACAUCAGAGCGGCGCCACUGUGAGCAUACUAAAGUAGCAUGGAUACAAGCGCUAUAGAAGUAUUGGAUUCAGUACACAUGAUACGACACUAUUUGGAUCAAUGUAGACAUGUGGGAUGUCAUUUUCAACCAUAAACAUCAUCCAGACAAAGUUGUGCAAAAUGACCAUAGACAAACAUCUGUAAAAAUGAAUACACGUUGCUUUGACCUCAUUCUCAUUCUCCAGACUACGGCACCAUUUGGAGUAGUAAAAAUCAGUUUCAUUUCUCCAACUGAAGCUUUUCAGCAACCAAUGAAAACAAAUAACAUGCUACUCUUCUUUUUAAAAAAGUUGAAUUUCUGUAUUAAAAUAAAGACAAAAUAAUUACAAGAAAAUGACUUUGUUUUAAAAAUGUUAUUAUGGAAAAUUGUAAUAUAAACUUUACAUCAAAUUUAAUAUAAGUUGACCCAUGUGCCUUCUGGAUGCUUUGGCAUGGCAGCGGACGCCGUAGCAGAGUAGGGCAUAAAUUCAAAUUGGGAUUGCCCCAGGUUGAGGGAUCCGCAACCAAAAUCUGGCAUCAAAAAGUUUGAGUACCCCUAUCUUAGAUAUACACUAAAAAUGUUUUGUAAAUAUUGAGGUCCUGAUUUAAGUUGUAUGAAUGGAUUCAGUUAAUGUGGGGCCUACUAACAUGUGUGUCUUAUGAAUGGAUACUGUCGUCAAUGCGUGGGACUCAUUAACAGUUGUGUCUUAUGAAUGGAUACUGUCAAUGUGGGGCCCACUAAAAGGUGUGUCUUAUGAAUGGAUACAGUGAUGAUGGGGGCCCACUAACAUGUGUGUCUUAUGAAUGGAUACAGUGAUGAUGGGGCCCACUAACAUGUGUGUCUUAUGAAUGGAUACAGUGAUGAUGGGGCCCACUAACAUGUGUGUCUUAUGAAUGGAUACAGUGAUGAUGGGGGCCACUAACAUGUGUGUCUUAUGAAUGGAUACAGUGAUGAUGGGGGCCACUAACAUGUGUGUCUUAUGAAUGGAUACAGUGAUGAUGGGGCCCACUAACAUAUUAAAAAAAGUAUUUUUAGUCGUGUCUAUACACACAAUGUGUUCACUUCAAAAUUAGUAAUGUUACAAUUUUUGCUCAAUUAGAAAUAUUUUCUCCGUCUGCAAUCCAAAUUUUUUCUUUAGGGCUUAAUGCCCUCGUACUAAAUUAAGAUUUUUUCUAUUAUUUGAAGUUGAUAGGUACUUUUAUUUGAAGUAUAUAUGGGAUGUACUAUAUUAAAUGUUUUUUUUCUCAAUUUUUAGCCUGGAGCAUGCAAGAUUGGUAUAAUGCCUGGCCAUAUACAUAAGCCUGGCAAAAUAGGUAAAUAGCUAGAAUAUUUUAAACUUGGUCAAUUGACAAUUUACAAAGCAAAUUGCACCCAUUCCCAUCUGAAAUCUGCCAAUACUAUUUAUUACUUUAAUUCUUAUGAAAACUGGUCAUCAACUACACUCUAAUUUGAUAUUAGAAACAACUAAAUUACACUUUGUUGAUAUAAGAAGAGAUUUAACUAAACUUUGAUUUAAAAAACAACAAAAACAACUAUAACAAUUUUUCUGACCACUGUCUUCACUUAGGUAUUGUUUCUAGGUCUGGUACACUGACCUACGAGGCUGUCCACCAGACAACACAAGCAGGGCUUGGACAGUCUCUAUGUGUUGGUAUUGGUGGAGACCCCUUCAACGGAACGAACUUCAUUGACUGCUUAGAAUGUUUUCUCAACGACCCGCAGACAGAAGGUAAAUAUGACAAGGCGGUGGAUUGGGUUUCCUGGGCUCUAAAAAAAUAUAAAAAAUUUAUUUUUAGCAAACUUCGCUUUGUCUGUUUAGCUUUGACUGUUUAGCUUUGACCUUGAUUGUAUGAUUGUUGUUUGACCUUGAUUGUAUGAUUGUUGUUUCAGGUAUUGUUUUGAUUGGAGAGAUUGGAGGACAGGCUGAAGAGAAUGCAGCUGAGUACUUAUUACAGAAUAAUCAGGUGAGUUACCAGACGGUGACCAGCAACUUUAACACAUGAUAACCAAGCCCCUCUCCAUGUUUUAGUUUUGUUAUGAGUAUGGGUAAAGGAAGGGUUCUCAACACCUGAGGGUCAGGACCCCUUGGGAUCAACUGACAAGAUGUUCAGUGGUCGCUUGAAAAUUUCAGAAGUGGGGUGGCGGUGUUGUGUAAAUUGUGCAUUUUGUCUUAUUUGAAUUUCUAUUUUAAAAUUUAAAUAUUAUUUACUGUGAUCAGACUCGUUUCCUAUUGUAACAACACUCUAACUGCCCUACUUUGACUACCCUACUCUGACUGCCCUACUCUGGCUACCCUGCUCUGACUGCCCUACAGCUUCAUAAAAAACCACCCACCCUGUGCUUCAUGCGGUAGAUGUCUGCAACUAAUUUCAUACAAAUAUUUUGGCAAUUUCGUUUCAUUUUUGUAAACAUUAUAUUCAAUUUAUGAUUUGAAUAUUUUUUUUCCCCGUUCUUUCAUUGUUUUUCCUAAACUUAAAUCUUGGAAGCUUCCACGCAAAACUAAAACCAGGUGUGUGAAUUUAUAAACAUUUUUUCUGGGAAUUAAUAAUAAUAAUAAUAAAGUUCAUUUCAAAAACACGCUUCAUCCCCAAAGGCUCGAAGCGCGGUACAAAGUCAACAAAAAACAUAUCUAUAAUUUACCACAUUUAAAAAAAACGCAACACUACAAAAACUAAUUACAAGCAACAAUCUCAAAGUCUUUCUAGCCAUUUCAACCCGGAGCAACACAGCCAUUAUGCAUUAACUGGAAAAUAAGGUAGACAAUCAUCCCAGAAGGUAUUUGCGAAAUAGAUGUGUCUUUAGAUCGGUUUUAAAGGACUCCAGUGUCUGACAGAUUCCCCUCUGCAGAACCCUCCACCCUACUUAUCCCUUAUUUCUGCUUCUCUUCGACCCCCGAUAAAAUUACAGUACCAACACGUUUAUAUGUAUAAAAAAGCUCUGCUCCCUUCUCAAAUCUCAACAAAUAUUUCUCAAUUUCAAUGUAUAACUCUGAUUUUGGGUUGUCACAGCUUGACAAAUUGAUAAAGGGGUCAUGGCACUAAAAAGGUGGACCACUGGGAUAGGAUUAGAUGAAUGAGCUAUUGUUUUAAAGCCUUCAACUUUGAUGCCUUCAUGAUCACUAGUUGGUUUGUACAUGCAAUUUUUCUUCUCCCAAUUGGGUGGAACACAUUCUAGAAAACCAUUACUUGUACCUGCCAGGUAUUGCUUAUUGUGAAAAGAACCGCACCUGCUUCAGCCAUAAUAAAUAAACAGUUUUAAUAGCAUUCUUAUUUUAAAAACAUGUUUGAAGUUUGUUGAGUUAAGCAUUUAGCUGGGAAUGGGUUAAGUAAUAAUGUUCCUAUAAACUUGUUUAUCUUUAGGGACCGAAUGCAAAGCCGGUUGUGUCUUUCAUUGCUGGGUUAACAGCCCCCCCUGGUCGUCGGAUGGGACAUGCUGGUGCCAUCAUUGCUGGAGGCAAAGGAGGUGCGGACGAAAAGAUAGCUGCUCUCAGGGGGGCUGGUGUUGAUGUUACAAUGUCUCCUGCACAGCUGGGAAGUACAAUGGCUGCUGUAAGUAGU